AUGUCUGAGUUCCUCCUGCUGGUCUUGAUUCUGGUGCUGGUCGCCUGUAUAUUCGUGACUAUAGCGGCGUUCGUGAUAUACUCCGGGCUGCUGGCGGACGUGGUGAUAAAAACGGGAUCUCCUCCGGUUAAAAACGUCACCAUCGCAUACAAGUUUAAGCAGGGCUCCUACAGAGACACCGGUGCGGCUUAUACAGAGUCCUGCAGCAUUGCACCCAAACUGAGCAGCAUCGCGAUCUUCUACGAUGACCCCAAAGAGAAGCCUUCAGACCAGUGCCGCUACAUCGUGGGCAGUGUGCUGAGCGAAGGAGAAGAUAAACCCGACGACGAGACCACCAAACUCUACCAGAAGUUCGGCUUUAAAGUCUUCUCUCUGCCGGAAGUGAGCCACGCAGUCACCGCCCGCUUCCCCUGCACCUCGCCCCUGUCCCACGUGGUCGGCCCCUACAGGGUCUACCCCCAGCUCGCCGCAUACAUAGAGUCUGCUGCCUACGCCACAGCUCUCACGAUCACGAAGCCCCAGAUCCCCAUCGAUUCAAAACCUGCCAAAAUGUUUUGA